CGCCGGCAUCAGCCUGCUGCUCCCUCACGGCCUGCACCCACCACCACACCGCCCACACCAUGCCGUCCAAGCGUGCAUACCGCGGGCCCGCCGCAUCCUCCACCGCAGCUGCCGCGGCCGCCGCCGCAGUGGGCGGCGCCGCAGCCGGCGCCAAGAAGCGCAGAGGGCCCAAGACGACCAUCGACCUGCCGCGCGGCAACCGCGCAAACGGCGCACGCAGCGCACCCGCCGCCGACGGCUCCGACAUGGACGAGGACGAGGACGAGGAGAUCCGCGCGGCGCUCGAGGCGCAGGAGAUGGCCGGCGCUGGCGAGAGCAGUGAGGAGGAGGGCAGCGAGGAGGAGGCCGCAGGGCAGCGGCAGGCCAAGCGGCGCCGCGAGUCAAAGGGCAAGGGCAAGGACGCCGAGCAGGUCGACUUCCUGCUCAACCUGGACAGCCAGGCCAUUGGCCGCUCACGAGCGGAGAUCGCACGCAUCGCCAAGGCAGAGCGUGCCGCCGAGCGCUCCGAGCGCAACCACGCUGCACGACAGCGUGCUGAGCGUGCGCAGGCAGCCGAAGAGUCCGACGCGAGCACAGACAUGGAGGGCCUGUCCAUCGCCAGUGGGUCCGACGUGGCCAGCGGCUCAGACAUGAGCUCGCUCGAGUUUGACUCGGACGAGGAGCUCGACUCCGACUCGGACGAUGACGCGGCGCCGCGCGCGCCGGUCAAGGAAGUCGACGUCGAGGCAGAGCACGCAGCGCGCAUCCGUGUGCAGCAGAAACGCAAGGCGGCCAGCGAUGCGGCCCUCAGCGCCGAGCGUGCGAAGCGGCGCCUGCCCGUGCGCGCCGCGGAGGGCUGGCAGUCCGCCUCUGAUGUCUCGGGCGACGAGGACGAGAGCACAAUCAGUAGUGACGACGCCGAUGCAGCGGCCAAGAGCCGCGCUGUGCACGCACCACUGGAGGACGACGAGGAGUCGACGUCGAGCGAGGAUGAGGAGGCGAAGAGGAGAGCCGCUCAGCCCACGUCGACCAUCACAACCGGCGCACGCUUCGGCAUGCUGGCGCCGUACGCCAUUCUCGGCCUGCCCAAGCGGUCCGAGCGCGUUGCUGCUGCCCGUGAGCAGAUUGCGCGCCUGUCGACGGACAUUGUCGGAGACCCCGAGGUGUCGCUCGGCAUGCUGCGUCGUCUGGCCGUCUUUGCUGGCCGCGCCGUUUCGGCACCCGAGGACCAGCGCCCCGCCGGCGACGGCAAGGUGCCGAAGCGUCAGGUCGACGAUGCCAUCCGUGCGGCGGCGAUCAUGAGCAUGUGUGCCGUAUUCGUCGAUAUUCUGCCCGGCUACCGCAUCCGUGCGCUCACCGACGCUGAGCAGAAGGAGAAGACCAACCAGGAGACUGCGCGGCGGCGAGAGUGGGAGCAGGGCCUCGUCGACACAUACCGGAGCUUCCUGGACAUCUGUGACAAGAUCCUGCGAGUGAAGAUCCCUCUGUCGGCCGUGGCGCUGCGCAGCAUGUGCCUGCUGCUCACGCGUGCGACGCACUUCAACUACCGCACGAACCUCAUUCGUGCGCUGGUGUCACAGCUCUCGCGCCGCGGCUGGAGCGAAGACAGCGCCGCAUGUGCCUCUGCGCUGACAGAGGUCCUGCGGGCCGACCUGCGCGGCGACGUCUCGCUCGAGGUGGUGCGCCUGCUCAACCGCAUGAUUAAGGAGCGCGGCUACCGCGUCAAUGCGCGAGUGCUCGACCUGCUGUUGCAUCUUCGGCUGCGCGACGAGCUUGGCGGGCGGCGAGGCGACAUGCGCUUCGUGGACCGCAAGGAUCCCCGCGAUGUCGCCAACGAAGACGCGCGGACUCCCAAGCGCGCCAAGAUCGGCAAGGGGAAGGCGACGCCGAAGGAAGUGCGCAAAGGUCUCGGAAAGCACCUGAGCAAGAAGGAAGUCAAGAGCAUGCGAGAGCGCAAGGAGAUUGAGGCAGAGCUGCGGGAGGCAGACGCAGAGGUCGACGUAGAGGAGCGCACGCGCAACCAAACCGAGACUCUCAAGCUGCUCUUCGUCCUGUACUUCUCCAUCCUCAAGGCUACGUCAGUGCCUGGUCCGCUGCUCGCGUCUGCACUCGAGGGCCUGGCGCGCUUCGCACAUCGUAUCAACGUGGACUUCUUCCGCGAUCUGCUCGCCGUUCUGCGCACGCACGUCGGCGAGGCACUGGCAGUAGCGGAGACGCAGCCUCGCGCCUCGCACGGCGGCGCAGAGCUGCUCAGCGACAACGAAGACGCAGGCGAUGACGAGGAAGACGCAGGCACGGCGGCUUGGGGCGCGGACGCCGUAAAGACGCGCAGUCAGCGAAGAAACGGCAUGCGCGAGGCACUGCUCUGCCUUGUCACUGCUUUCGAGCUGCUCUCCGGACAGGGCGAGGCGCUCAACAUCGACCUGGCUGACAUGGCUGCGCACCUCUACGGCAUCAUGAUCCCGCUGAGCCUGUCGCCCACGAUUGAGGACGCGCCGGAGCUGCUCUCUGGCGGCCCCAACACCGAAGCUGGCGGCAAGGACAAGGGCGUGCAUCUGCUGCGCACUGACGCCGACCUGCUCCUGCGGGCGCUGGAGCUUAUUCUGCUCCGGCCUCGCGCUGCGACGCUCUCCUCGGAGCGGACGGCAGCAUUCGCCAAGCGCGCCCUUACGUGCGCGCUGCAGCUGCCGCCGGCGACUGCGAUCCGGCUGCUCGGCAUCGUCCGCGCCUGCGUGGCACGCGACGCCCGCCUCGAGGCAUUCCUGGACACGCAAGACCGCGCAAAGGACGGGCGAUACGACGCCACGUCAGACGACGUCGAUGCCGCUCGACCCCUCGGCGCCGGCGAGGCGGCGUGGGAGCUGCACCUGCUGAUGCGGAGCGCGAACGCCGACGUCGCCGCCGAGGCGAAGCGUGUUGCAUCUUGGCAGCGGUAGUGACAUGGCUGCUCAAUGUCACACAUGCAACGGUCCUUCCCGACGUGCAGCAAGGGCAAGGCCAGAGCAGGUCUGACUGACACUCGCAGCAUCGGCUAGAGGUGAUGUCAUUCGUCUUCCUCGUCUUCGCCACCCUCACCGCCGUCGCCGCCGCCGCCCGAAGGGCCCGCCGAGUCGCGGCGGCGCUUCUUGCGGUCGGAGCGUGUGGCAAUCUUGACGCCCUGCGCCGCCAGCUUCUUCGACAGCUCCGUCGGGUCGUGCAUGCCCGGGAAGCGGCGCGGCGAGUAGACGG